UUGUUCUUCUGCGCUUCCACACUCUCCUUCACACCACCGUACGCGUUAUCUUUGUCUCUUUAUUCGGACUCCGAAGCUUCUAGAAGAACAGGAAUAAGAAACACCUUAACCAAUGGUGGAGGCCUCGUCGAUCCAAGCGGAAACGCUUAAUCCUCUGGAUCCUUCAACCACCAGCGCCUCUGUUCUAUUCCACAGAGAAAUUCUACUACCUCGGAACAUCGCACACCUUCUUCUGCCAUGUCUGUCACGCCGGCUAGGAGGCACGACGGUUCUGAAUUCUCUGAGUUCGGCCUGGAUCCGGAGCUCAGCUUUGGAAUCACCGUUCGAAAAAUAGGAGCUGGAUUGCGAAAUCUUGGAAAUACUUGCUUCCUCAAUUCGGUGCUGCAGUGUUUGACCCAUACAGAGCCUCUGGCUGCAUAUCUACAAAGCGGAAAGCACAAAAGUUCAUGCCAUGUUGCUGGAUUUUGUGCUCUGUGUGCAAUACAGAAUCAUGUAAGUCGUGCACUGCAUGCAUCUGGAAGAACAUUAUCCCCCGAGGAUCUGGUUGGGAAUCUGCGGUGCAUAUCACGAAAUUUCCAAAAUGCAAGGCAGGAGGAUGCACAUGAGUAUAUGGUCAACUUACUUGAAUCAAUGCAUAAAUGCUGCCUGCCUUCUGGUGUACCAAGUGAAUCACCUAGUGCUUAUGAGAAAAGUUUUGUUCAUAAAAUAUUUGGUGGUCAUCUGCGAAGUCAGGUGAAAUGUCAGCAGUGUUCCUUUUGCUCCAACAAGUUUGAUCCAUUCUUAGAUCUAAGCCUUGAAAUUUUCAAGGCAGAAUCAUUGCAGAAAGCACUUGCAAAUUUCACUGCUGCAGAAUGGUUGGAUGGAGGGGAGAGGCAAUACAAUUGUCAAAGAUGCAAGCAGAAAGUUAGGGCUCUGAAACAGCUUACAGUUCAUAAGGCACCUUAUGUGCUAACUAUUCACUUAAAGCGGUUCCAUGCACACAAUCCUGGACAGAAGAUUAAAAAGAAGGUUCGGUUUGACUGUGCUCUGGACCUAAAACCUUUUGUCAGCGGCUCAUAUGAAGGAGAUGUGAAGUACUCUCUCUAUGGGGUUUUGGUUCAUUCUGGUUCUAGCACUCAUUCUGGACAUUAUUACUGCUAUGUCCGCACAUCAAAUGACAUGUGGUAUACCUUGGAUGACAAUAGGGUAUACAAUGUCAGUGAGCGAGAAGUGUUAAAUCAGCAGGCAUACAUGUUAUUUUAUGUUCGUGAUAGAAAAAAUAUUGUUUCUAGGAAAUCUGUUGAUAUUAUUAAGAAAGAGAACGGAAAUACGGAUUCUGCUGCAGCAAACCAAGUAUUGAAGGGUCUUUCCAAUGGUCUGGCAGAAAAUAAAUCUCGUGAACCUUCUUUAAAUGCUCAAGCUCAGAUAAAAAUGUCAAAUUUUGACUCAUCAGUUGUUUCCUUUACGAAGUACAGUCUGGUUCAGCAAAAAAGUUGCCCUUCAUUAACAGGAAGCUUUGUUCAAAAUAAAAAACCUAUAUCUGAUCCUUCUUCCAAGGAGCAGCCACACAAAGGAUCACAAGGAGGGCUCUCCAUUGUUGGCUCAGAGCACGAAUGCUUGUCAACACUAGAUAAUUCAAGAAAGGAGAACUGUCUCCCUAGUUGUGUGAAAAGUUUGGUUGAUCCAGCUGGAGAUAAUACCGACAAGAAUGUGAUUUCGAAAGAUGUUAAGAACGAAUCUCUUUUGUCGACUCUUACCUUCAGUAGUCCACAGACUUCUGCAGUACACAGAACCAAUGGGAGCUCCCAGUUUCAUAAGGUUGAAGUUUCCACGGCUGCUUCUAUGUGUGAUGCAACAGUUAGUAUAGAGUGUAAAAACUCUAUUGGGUGUCAAGGAUUGGUUCCUAAUGAGUCGGCAAAUAGCUCCUUGACUACAGAGAGUGUUAAUCAAAAGACCAUGAAAAAACCGAAAAAGAAGUUUUUGAAAUAUCAUCCUUUAAGGAUGAAUAUUCGUUCAUCCUUGCUACUCAUGACAGUUUUAAGCUCACGGAAGAAAAUUCACAAAAGAAAGAAAAUUCACAAAAGAAGCAAGUGCCACAAUCUUAAAAAGAAAAAGAUGGAUAAACUCUCAUCAAAUGUUGGGCCAUCUGAUGAUGGCACUGUGAUAGAAAAACUUGUUGAAGGUGAAUUUCAGAGGAGAGUCAAUCAGAACUCUGCUGUGCUAGCAACAGCUGCACAAGGAGGAAAUACAUCAUGUAGUGGUUCAUCGACUAAUCAAUUUGAAGGUAGACAAGUACAUAGUCUACAAGAUGGUAAAAGGGAUAAAAUGCACAAUAAAUUUAUGAGUAUUCCUUCCCGAGGGUUUGAGGAGACAGUUGUUCCACGGUGGGAUGAUGUAGAAUUGCCUCGAUCUCAGUUGUUGGAGUCAAGAAACAAUAAUCCUGUCACCAUCGGAUAUGUUGGAGAUGAAUGGGAUGAAGAAUAUGAUAAGGGGAAAAGAAAGAAGUUGAGGAGCAACAAGCCUAGCUUUGGUGGCCCAAAUCUUUUCCAAGAAAUUGCUACCGAGAAGUCAAAGUCAAAAAAGGCCAAGUUGGACCAAUCUAGCUCAGGGAACGUGCCAUUCAGGAUAUGAUGUCUUUGCCUUAGAUCUUGUGUUGGCUUGUAGCAAAAUUAUCAAUUCCUCUACGCUGAGGGUAUUGGAGUGGAGAGAUCCCCUACCUUCUUAUUUUUCUCUUCAGUACAAAAUUUUGAUGCACAAUGUCCAAAAAUCGUGUGCAGGAUUCCUAUUAUUUUCCCUGGGGCGGAACCGCAGAGAGUUGGUUUCCUAUUUCUCAUAUCAGCCUAAAUUCUUACCUGCAUGUUCUAGAACCGAAUUGAACAAAUUGCUUUUGUCGUAGCUGCAUGUUGUAGCCCAGAAAUUUUGAUUGUUAUAUUUGUCAAGAGACUCAUGUUGCCAACUCUUUCUGUAUUCGUAGAUUCUUUGUUACCAAUAGUGUGUGAUUAAUAAUUUAGCAAAUCACCAUGAGUUAUGAUCA